GAAAACAAAUACGCCCCAAAAGCUUCUUACCAGAUUGAUUACUGUUCGAGGCAGAGGCAUAGUUUUAUAUAUUCUAUAUAGAGUUAAACUGACAGAUUAGCUAUUAAUAAAAACGAGUAUACUAGUCUAUCCUGAAAAGAAUGGUUGCCAGGCAACCUUCUGUUGUCUUUUCUGCGGUGCAGGUCAGCUUUGACACGCAGUAGCUUUAUGAACGGAUAAUAUUCAUAGUAUUAUUAUCUACUCAGCCAUGACUUUCAGAGGAAAUGGUACUCUCAUUACGCAUAACAACACAGCCUACAUCCCAUCGUCUCUGAUGCCCGGGUACUGUGGACACAUUCCCACUACUAAAUUCGUGAAUGGGGAGACUUUUGGCAAUUCGUCCUUAAAGUACUUCCAAAAUAUCCGUUCUGCAAUGAUGGCCUCUAGCAAAAGCUCUUACAAUAGUGUGCCUCUGAGCUCCCAUACCCAAGACAGUACCUUACCCUACUGGGUCCGGUACAACAUUGAAUUCAAAAGGCAGAAGGAGAUCAAGGACUUCAACAUGUUGUCACAGAAGCACAGGGAAAAUUACAAAGAUAAGACUGGCACUGUGCAGCCUGUCAAUUACUUUGUCAUGCCAGAAAAAGAGAAAAAGGAGCUUAGAAGAUCCCUCCAGAGUGAAUUUAAUUAGAGACCAUGCCAUAUCAGAUGGAAGUAGCAGUCUGAUGAAGUCUAAUGGUGUCCACCACAAACAAGUCUGCCUCAAGAGAUCGCAAAUUACAUUUAUUGUGUUUAAUAAAUAAAUAAAUGAGGAAAA